AGCUUUUUCGUCUCGACGUUUGAAAUUUUUCAUGUCGAGGUUGAAUGGGCCCUCGGGAGUUCAUUCAAUUUUCGAAUCCAACUAUUUCUGCAGAAGGUUUUCUUCUAUUCAUGGUCAUAUCGAUUCAUACACUUACACAGUUUCUCCAUCGUAUCUUCUAUGAUCGGUAUCUACUAGAAACGAUAAAGACACAAACACAGUCAUAAGAACUCAUUAUAAAUCGAAAACAGUUAAUAGACAUAAAGCGAGCACGUACUUACGUAGUUGUAGCAGGAUCAUCGGGUAGUUUUCCAUAAAGGGUAGUUGAGCAUAUUAAAAAAUCAAAGGUAGUUUUCUAAAAGUUAGUGGUUUUCUGUCAGGUUAUUUUUUGUCAAUAAUCACUUUAACAAAGUGUUUUUUGAUUGGAUUUCUCAUUCGUUCCUCUUAGUUAGAACAUAGAUCAUAGAACACUGUAGAAGUCGUGUUUUUCUUCAUUCAUCGUCAAUGAGCAUCUAGCUAUUGUUCUCCCCUGCUAAUGCUUCUUGACUGGUGCGUCAUAAUUUCUUUGUCAACAAAUACGUACAUCACAUAAACCAUAACGAUAACCACGAUCAUGAUGUCACCUUCAUACUAGUAGAAGAAGGAGGACGAGAACUCAAGAAGCAGCACAAGAACUGCAUCAACUUCAGAACGGAGCAUUUUGUUCUCGUCUGCUCUCUCGUUGAAGAGCGAAAAUGUCAUCGUUACCGCCAGAAUUUGAGCCCGCGCGCGCUCGCGGGUUCGGGGAAGAAGACAUAGAGCAGAUGAGAUCCAUGGGGUUUGCUGAUAACCUGAUCAUCUUUUCCCUUCAACGCGCAGGCAGUGUGGACGAGGCGAUGGAGAUCCUGAUCGAAAUGUCUGAGAACCAAGAGGAAGGAGGCGGGGAAGGGGUAAUUAGCUAUUGGUGAUUUUGAAGAUGAAACAAAUUCAUGGAUGUGAUAGUGAUUGCAGAAGAAGUUGUAGUAAGGAUAUAAUUCUACAUCCAGGUCCAUAAUUCUUCUUAAAUUCUUUAGUACAACCUCGACUUUACUUGCACCACUACAGCAAAGCGGCGCUCCCGAUGACGACGAGUACCUUGGUACGCAGGGUAACGCCGGCCCGACCAUGAUUGGCUCCUCUACCAGCGAAGGAAGCUCCGAUGCUCAAAUGAUGAAUGCUCUCCUGAGUUUAUGGGUCGUGGAUAUUCAAUUUCAGACAGUGGAAAGCGCAUAAUUAUUUUGAAGUUUGUCCUCCUCCUUUAUUGGAUUCUGGAAGUAGAAAUUCCGGUUGUUCGUCCAUCUAGGCUUUCUUCAAGAUGUUUUUAUCCUCUAACCCCAGCCGGCAACAAUUCCACCUCGCAAGGCAAUUCUCAACAAGCAAGACACCCUGACCUGAGUCGAAGUGCUGGGGGACUUACCAGUAGUGUAGGGGAUAACGCUACGGAGGACUUACACGCGACUGAGGAGGAGUUUGUGCAAUCUAGACAGAAGGAACUCGAAGAAAUGGAAAGGCAAUUGGAGACGAUGGAGCGCGAGCUGGAGGACCUAGCUUUGAAACAUACGGAUCUAAUAAAUGUUAUGAUGGUCGUGCUGGACUAUGCUGAUUCAUUUGAUUCAGAAAUAAGUAGAUGCGACACCCCGCGAGUGGGUACCUCAGGCAGUCAAUCACUCAGUCAAUGAAUCAAUCAAAUAACGCUGCCCAAAAAUGCUACUGCUCCUUAUGUCUUGAUUUUAUUGUGGCGAGUAUAUUUAUUAGCUGGAACUGUACAAAAGAUAUUAGUGCAAUGUGACCAUACCUUAAGUAAGACUAAACAAUUACUGCCUGCAAUUCUUCCCACUCUAAUACUAAAGUGAACGAGCGAUCCGAACGUGAAGGUGCAGCUGGAGGAAGCUCUGCUUCAGGCGCGGCGGGUUCUAGCGUAGGUGCCGCGGCUUCCGGAGGUGCCGCGGCUUCCGGAGGUGCGGCCGCUGAUCAGCAGGACUUGUGGAAAUUGCCUUUGGAGGGAACCAACGCUGGCGCCGAAAGGAGUUGGUAUCUCGACAAGACGCCAGGCAAACACAUUAUCGCGCUGGAUUUGCAUCGAUGCCUGCUGUGGCCGUUGAAGGUACCUAUCCCCCGUUCAUCUUCACGUCAUCUGUUUCAUUGGAGAGAACCAUGUAUAAUCAUCGAAUGAAUAUUCAUGCUGAUUGAAGAACAAGAAGAAAAAGAGCCGCCAAUCGUGUCUGCAAGACUUUCAAAAUCAAUUUCAAAACGCACAAACACCUUCCUCACCAUCAUGACCCACAUCAGGUGAAGCCCGAAUCUGUCCUUGGUUUCCGCAGUUCUGCCUCUAUGCCUAGCUGUUCCUGCUGUGGUUCCCGCAAGGACGUCAACUGGGGUUGCGAUUUGUGCAAUGUUGCUUUUUGUUCUGCUUGUACAAUUAAGGCUGUACUAGCUAAUCAUGCAUCUUUGAGAACUGCAUCGAUCCGACCUUGAAACGAAAAUAAAUUUCUAGUAUGGCAGAGUAAGAGUAUUCCACCAGCGCGAUAGAUACUCUGCCAUAGUAUAGACUUUUCAAGGAUGCACCAGCUCCUGAAAUAAGACGAAGAAUGUUCUUGGCGGAUGAAAGCUCUAAUAAAAGGGCUUACGAAUUUAACGCUGCGCCGGUUGAGGUCGCCAAUCCAGAGUGGAAGUGGUAUCGCACGAUCAUUACCACGAGGAUCGUGGAUGAGGAUCACGUGACCUUGUGCAAAUUGCCUACGGAUUUCCGAGUUUUGGUGCGGCCGCAAGCAUUGAGGUCGAAAAAGAACGCGUUGAGGCUGAAGUCAAGAUGGCAGAUUGUGUCGCCCAUUCGCGGGUUCGUGAACCCAAGGAAACUGGCUUUUGAUCACUUUCCUUUCAGGUACUUAAUUACUUGAAGAUUAGUUUGUUGAUUUUGACUUUGACAUUCACCUCGUCCGUGCGAAAGAUAGAUUGACUGGAAAAAAUAGAAACGACAACUUUCAUCGCACUACUUGCGAACAAUGCGGACUCAACGGACUCCAACUACAGAUACCUCCACGACCAGCAAUAUGUGAAAAAGCGACAAGAAUCUGUUCCUUUGCCUUUGGGCGACGCUGGUGACGAUGGUGGAGAUAACGAAGAGCAAGGGGAUGAUGAAGAGCAAGAAGAGCUAGUCCCAGAAGAGUUGGUCUGUACUCCCUGUGGGGAAGAGCCGGACGCUCCAAAGUACGUGCUAGUAAAUCCAAACAGCAAGAACUACAACUCAGCGUUGGGAAGUUGCAAGACGCAAGUGAUCAGCAGUCUGCCAUUGCCCUUGGAAAUAUCGGAGUUGCCGUAUCAUCGCUGCUACCAGAGCAACCUGUACGCGUGCUUCCUGCCGAAGGGGUUUAAGGUACUUCCAGCACACUGACAUGCUGGACAUGAGAGGAUACAUUCCACCAUAAGAAGUACAUUAAGUCGAUGGAGGUUGAAGUUAAAUUUGAAUCAGUUUGAAGUAUACGACUGAUGAAUGAAAACCCAAACUCAAUUUCCACUAUCAACAGGUCUACCACCGUCAAGGCCCUCGUGGCUGUGCAGCGACCCACAUUUCCGGAGGUUGCCGACGACCCUGGAAACGACGUGAUGUUGAAGAAACUCAGGCUGCUCUUGCUUACUACUGUCCACUCUGCGAGAUCCUUCUGUGUGCUGCUUGCGCCUUCGACCCUAAGCUGUGCGAAAAAACCGAUGCGGCGAUGAAGCGCGAUCUCGAUGAACUGACAGUGGGUCCUCCAAAUAUCCGUUUGGCUAGUCUGACAAGGUUGCGGAGUUCGGUGGAAACGAACUGGGCAGAAAUUUUGACACACAUCGCUCUGGAUUUGGGAGAUAAGCUGGGAGUGUGCAUGCUGCAUAAGGUACUUAAUACUAUUAGUAGGUCUUUAAUAUAUACUUAUAUACCUUUUACCUAACCUUACUUUUUCUUCCUAGUUAGCUUGGCUCCACCCGUACUAUUAGUAGGUCUUUAAAAAAAAGAAAAAGUUACCUUCAUCUGGAUUGCAAAAAUGUAUGUUCUUCUUGAAUACAUCAAGAACUUUUAGAUCGUGGUCGUUGCUUGUUCUUGUCCUUCCCUUUUGUUCUUCCCAUUUUUAGUCCUCCAAAAAAUCCCCUCUCAGGACGAGCGCCUCGUGAAAGAAUCCCUCACGUUCGCGAUUCUCGUUGUCGCCUGGCUCACCGAAGACGAAGAAAAAUCCUCACGCCCUUGGGGUAAAGUCAGAGCGGGUGAUAUCGCCAUUGCCCCUAAGAUUCAAGAGCACAUCACUGUUGCUGCUACCGCUGCUGGCUCUGUGGGUCUUGGUGUAAAGCCUAAUCGCAAGAAGCGGAUCACAAUCUCCGAUGCCAUCGAUUAUCCAGGCAGACCGGAUUCGUUGAGACUGGCAGACAUCGAGAAGAAGGAGAAAGAGGAGAAAUCAGCGAAGAAGGUUUUGUGGAACGACGCUCUGGUCAGCAGAGUGAUUCGAUCGCAGAGUGCGACGAAGGAGACGGUAUCAAUAUGAUUAUAAUGAUGUUUCUUUGUCUCACAGUCACAACAACUGCUCCCUUCACGACCACCCACAUAUGGAUUCUCGUACUAUUUGUCAUCUUCAACCUUCUCUUCUGCAUUCAUACCUCGCGGUGCAGAAGACAUCCACAGUGGUCCACCUCCACCACCCCUCAACAGAUCUGCGUCGUCGGUAGUUUCCGCCAGAUGAACGGAGCGUAUUUGAGAACGAUGCCUUCGGUUGAGGUUCAAGGGAUGCGCAUGAAGUCAACCGAUGUCAGCUUGUUCUCUACAGAAGGCGGUGCCCUAUCAAGCAGUUCGGCCAGCAAUGACAGUGGACCGAUCGACGAUACUUUUUCUCCCAGGGCGGGGGGAUGUACCACUUCACUUUUGCUUUUGGAUGUCGUCGUUGAGUCUUCAACCUCAUCUUCAUGAUCUAUUUUUUUUGAGUUAGUCAGUUGCAAAUUGAAGAUGCAACAUCUCUUACUGACUCAUAACAUCAACCACUAAAUCAUACAGCUGCUGCAGAUCCGCAACCGCACGCUUCUCUGGAGGCCCAGCAGGGCUCCUCUAUGGUCGACAGCAGUCCAGAGCUACGUGCGAAUUUCGCUGGGACCUGGGGUAGCAACAAUUCCAAGCUGAAGAAACUGAAGACCUUGCGUAACAAGAAUGGCGCCAACAAAGCAGGCAUCCGACCGUCUGCAGAGUUCUGGAACUUUCCCUACGAUCCACGCGCAGUGUUCGAGAAGCACUCUACGCGCAGGAGAAAAGUCGCCAGUGGUGAGGCCAGCUGGGCUGAGAAUUUGCGGUAUCUGGACCAGAUCGAGUACGUCAAUCCAGACUCGAAGACGCGCAUGGUCGGCUACUACCUGCCAGCGUCUGUACGACCAGAAAAAGUCUCAACCUUGCAGUUGAUUGAUCACUGUCGAAAGGAAUACGUGGAAGCACUAGGUCUAGGCCAUACGGAGGAGAAAACUUUGGCAGGCUAUGAUCCGUAUCAAGAAGUAGGCGGACCAACUGUGCCAGUAGCUCUGAUGGAACACGGAAGCGCACCUGCUUCAGCACUAGUAGGUGGACAGCACGCUACAUCUUCUACUUCACCGUCAUCGGCAACCUCCAACAAGAAGACCUCGUCGUCUCCCAGUGGUAAAAUGAUGUCAGAUGAACAAGACAAGGAGUUCUUGUUGCAGAACUUGCAGAGGGAGAAAACCUCUCUCAACAUGUCGGGAUCCGAGUCCGAGCAGGAAUACCAAGGUCCAGGUGCCAUUCCGAAGAAUCUGCUGUUCUGGCAAUUGGAACGUGUCAAUCGCAACGUCAACUACCUCACUGUGGAUCACAUGCGCAGUCAAAUUCUGUCGGAUGCGAAUUUGGAAAUUGGCGUUCGUAUCCGGCAUCAGCUGUACGGCAAAGGAACAGUUGUCGGAUGGCGCUACAACGACGUCGCGAACAAGGCUUCCAGCGGAGGUUUGCGAGUUGGUGAUACGUCAGGUGGCUUGUGCUCUCGCGGAUACGUACGAGUCCUCUUCGACGACGUGACCAAAGGCAGAUGGAAUGUGCCCUUCACGGAUUGCAAAGUGAUCGGCUUAGCGCCAUUGGAAAUCGCUUGUUACCCACUCCAGUGGUACGACAACAGCAUCGAUAGCAUGUUCGAGGAAACAACGUCUAGUUCUAAAAGCGGUUUGCGUGUCCGCGACGACAACUUCAGUCCGAGAUCACCGAGACGGCUAUCGGGAGGAGGUGGCUGCAUGCGACCGGAAUCGGCGAUGAAGGAUCACAUUGAGAACAUGCUAAUUUUACCGAGUUCCAACAAUCCGAGUGCCAUGGAUAGUCCUAGUCGUAGUCCCAGUCCGUCACCGAAGGGCAGUUCAACCAAGAAAGGACCACUCUCGAGAUCUCCAUCACCGGCAGUCAGAGACCGACGAUUGAAGCGACGGCUGAUGAAGCGAUUACAACGCGUCUCGAGUUGGGGAGAGUUCCUAAAACGGCCUCAUCACAAGGCGUUUGCGCUGUGUCGUGUGAAGGACAGGUUUUUGUGGGGCGUAGCGUUUGGUUGCUGCACCCAAGAAGACGCCAACGUGUUGGCAAUCGAGAACUGUCUGUCGAAGAAGCGACCGCGGGAGCAAUUGGUGGGGGAACCGUGGUUGGUACAGCUGGACUCGAUUCUGUACACGUUUAACGAAGACGCGGAAGAAGACCUUGCUGCGGCGGCUGACGGCGCUGGUGCGGGAGCAGAAGGUGGCAGCACGAACGAAGACAAGGGUUUGAAGUUGGCGGAAUUGACGCGAAGGGAGAACGAGAAGAAAAAACAUGACGCCAUCUACAACCACGGUUUGAAGCUCGCGAGACUGAGUCGAUACACGGAGAUCGAAGGCAAGAAGAUCAGUGAGGACGCGGCCAGGCAAGGGACAACAACUUUCUCAUCAGAGAAGUCGAAGGAAGAAGUCGCUUCGUGGCUAGCAGGUCUAGAUGUUGUAGAUCAACAAGAAGCUGCAGAACGACAGCAAAGACAACUCGAAGAGGCUAGCUCGAAGACAAUCGAAGAAUCGAGGAAGGUUGCUCAAGACCUAGUGGAACAAAUCGCGAAGCAGAAGUCUUUCCAGAAGCUGAACGCGUUUACACGAAGCGGAGUUCGAUACCGCUACAUGCCUAGUGUAAGCGCAAACGCGGUCGCACAUUGGCCGGUGCUCAGUGAGCAGGAUGGCAAAGUCUUGUUGGAAGACAAACCUGCAACUGGAGGAACAUCUUCAUCGAGCACUAGUGUUUUGCCAGAACCUUUGGCCGCCUGUUCCCCAGGUGCUCCUUUCACAGCAGACAACUCUGGCGCAGUAGCUGAAGCGGUAUCAGGAGCAAUCGUCGGAGCGUCUCAGCAGAAAUCAGAACCGAUCACCUCCUUGGCAGGCUUGUGCAUGGCCACACGAAAACAGUUGCGCAUGCUAGUCCACCAAAUGGCGCACCACCAAAUGGGCUUAUCGCCUCUGCGAUCGCUCAGUCACGAUUUGUUUGACACGUGGAAUGACACUUUACUGCACGUGUUGCCGCUUCCAGACGAGCAGUACGACUUGACCGAUCCGUAUUUGCGUAGGUAUCCGAUGUUGAGGACCACUGCGCCAACUGCCUCAGGACCUCCAAACGCAGGAGGAUCACUGAACGGAUGUGGAAGAUCGGGACGAGCGUCAACUACAUCUUUGCUGAGCUUGUCUAACGGUACAACUAGUGGAUUGCAACCAAGUUCCUCAACAGGAGGUUGUAGUGACCAUCAACUGCUCAAGAAGAACAAGCGCUUCACGCUUAGUGGCAAUCAAUAUGCUGACGGCAGAACUGAUGGGAACGUUCUCAAGGGUAGUUCGAAAGUGCUUGUCUUGAUCAGUUGGGUCGACGACGAUCAGGAAUCUGCUGCAAACGCACAGAUCCCAGGUGGCAGCAGCGCUAACAUCGACAGCUUCUUGAACUCGUUGUCAAUCAAUGGUGUGACGUUGUUGCCCCAACAAGACAUCGUGGUUACGUUAGACAACGUGCGUAAGGCUUUCGCAUCCGAUGACGGCAUGUCGUCUAGCAAGACAGGAGAAAACACAGGUGAAGAUCAAGCAGAGGAGCAAUCCUCCGCUGCGAACAAUGGUGGUCAAAAGGACACUGGUGCGACAGCUGGAGGUGCCGAGUCAGGCGGUAGCGCUGCUGGAGCAGCCUCUGGUGCGGUCUCUGCACGAGAUAGACCACCUUCUGCUCAUGGUGCCAUCAUGGACGCACCUGCUGGAACACCCUUUUUAGAAGCCGAUGACGUUUUAGCUGAAGCUGACGCAACGGCGGGUCGAGGAGGCGCAGGCGCGCCAGUCGAUGACGAUCCUGUCACCGCUCCUGGACCUGAGGGAACUGCUGCAGAGGUAGAUCGCCUCUUGCGUCACCAGGUCGAUGAAGAAAUGCCUGCAGGAACUGCCACGAUCACGACAGGCGAGGAAGUCGCUGGGGAUCCAAACAGUGCCACUAGUUGUACAACUGGUCAACAAGAAGCUAGUGGUGAGCACCAGGUGGAACAAGCUAGUGGAGUUGCUCAGCCAUCUGACGAAAGCAGUAACAACUUCAUGCCGAUUGUUUCAGCACAGCAGCAGCCAUGCCAAAGCAAUCAUCUGUUGCCUCCGGAGUUGCUGGCUGAUAUGCAGAGUGGCAGCCUGAACUGGAUGAACGCGUUAGAGGAUACACCAUCGGAAACGUGUCUAGAACUAGCAGAUGAGGACUUGUGGAUGCUGCCAGAAGAACGCUCGGUCGAGGAAACAGCGAACAACACUUUGCUUUCCUUGCAACCAGGCAGAAACAAUCCUAGUCGAUCGAGUUCCAAGGACUCGCAACAACACAUCAGGGAGUCGAACUUGACCUUGUUGGGUUCUGCUGGUGGUAGUCGCAGCGGGUCCAAGCAGGGACCUCGUGAGGACCCAGCAACGGCGGCUAUCACGUGGCCGCCCCGUCAAACGCCAGGAUCGAGUAGUUCGCCUGACGCUGGCGCCAGCAACUUGCUACCUCCAGGAGCGACGCCAGCCUCUGCUGCUUCAGCUUCCCUACGAGAGCAGUUGCGCGUGAACACUUCCGUCGCAGCGGCUAUGCAAGGCACUGCUGGGCCGGCUUCUUCUAGGGGAAAUCUACAGGAUGCGAGUCAGAUUGUCCCUGGAUCAGCUGGCUCGAAUUUGGGUGCAGCACCUGGCGAGUUUGAUUCUGAUACGGAACGAAAAUUUCAGCAGAACUUCUCGGAAACUAGUCUCUUCUCCAUGUUGCAGCAAUCGAACAAGAGCGUCUUUCUGCCCUCGCAGAUUGGUGGUCUCUCUGGUCCUGGCACUGGACAGUUUCCUUGUCUUAGCUACACCGAUGACAGCAUCCCAGAAUUGGACGACAUCUAUCCCUACGAUUUCCAAGCGUGCAAGAGGCAAGUGCUGAAGAAGUGGUGGCCGAUCUUGGUCAAGAAGUUGGUCUACUACGCUAAUUACGCAGCAGCGUGUGGUAACAGCCAAAAUACGCGCGCAAGCAGUAAUAAGAAGCUGUGCGACGACCUGUUGUUGCUCUUGAUCAAACACUGCCCGGAGGCGAUCCGCAUGGAGCCAGACUCAGUGGGAAAUCCGUUGUUCCACUAUCUAGGACUGACGACGACGAACUCCAUGUCCUUGCGACCAACCAGAUUUGCGCAGAUCGCCGAAGUCCUGAUCAAGCAGAAGUUCGGUCGUGAAAUGGCGCGUAUCGGUAUCAAGGCUUUGGCACGUAAAUGGCACGAUGGUCACGCUAGCGGCAGUGGCAGUCCGGCCACGGCUUUGUUGAAGAACAUAGCCGAAGAACCAGAAAGCGUGGACUUAACCAGACUGAAACAAGCAAGCAGUUGGGAAUCAGCGCAGCAAAUCGCUUUGGAAUUAGCCUACGGCAAAGAAGCUUUGGACCUCGCUGCCAUGGCAGCGGCGGCUCAGGGAGCAGGCAGUGGCGCGGUGCCGAUCAUGGGGCCACCGGCUGUUUUGUUCCAGAGACUCCCAGAAGCAGGCAACGGCAGUCCUAGGAAGAACUUCAAUUCUCCAAGGAAAGUGAACUUCAAUUCUCCUGCGAAAGGGUUUCAGCAGGCGCCGUUGUCACCAGCAAAGAAGACGAUUGUGAAUGGUGCUACGACUAGCUCAUCAUCAACUAGUACGGGAACAACAGUAGCUAAUACUACGUCUUCUAUGAAUAACGCAACAACUGCUACAACCUCCAGUACUACAACCUCCUCCGCAGCUUUCUCCACGCCUCGCGGUAACAAGGAGAGCACUGAGAUGACACCCUUGAAGAUCGGUGGUAGCAGUUCUUCGUCUAGUGUCCUUGCAGUUUCCUCCACGAAUGCUCCUCCAGGCGUGCCAACCUCCAUGUCCCUGUCCUCAACACUCGCAGCCAACGUGAACAGCAAUAAGCUUUUCACCACUUUCGAACUCGCUCAGUCUGACGUUGCAGGCUUGCUGUUGAAGUUGUACAACCCGGAUCAGCAUGCGGUGGACCCUAGACUGGUGGCUUUGCUGCAGCAAAUGGUCACCAUGACGGAGACUCUGCCUCUAGUUGUUUUGGCGGAAAAAAGGCGAAACCCUCACGGAAUGCAGUUGUUGCAGGAACCUAUCUACGUGGAGCUCAACGGAACGCACAUGUUCCAGUUUGAUCCUUGGGUCUCGAUUGGGGAAAUCGCGCAGCGGGCAUUCAUCGCUAAAAUGUUGCCAGUAGUGGAUGGGGAGCAGUCAUCACUUACUACUGGCGCGAACAAAAAUGCGACCAAGGACGACGCUAAGACUGCUAGCACUGCUGCGUCACCAGGGAAGAACACCAAGACCGGCAUGAGCACAGGAUCGGACGCUCCAUCCUCAUCCUGCUCUGGAUCAUCGAACAACAAGUUUAGUCGUGCCUAUCUGCAGAACUGUCUCGAUAUGGUUGGCUCUAUUGUUGUCUCAAUGAGCCACGAGUACUACGAUGUGCUGGACUUCACGGUGAAAACUGCGCUUAUGCAACCAGUUCACUUGCUCUCACCAUCGCAGAGAAUGCGCAAUGUAGGAGCCCAAGGUCAAGGGCAACAGCAAGGAGGUAAUAAGUUUAUAGGUUUUCGACGACGCAUUCAUUCAGACUACUGAACCUUCCCUCUAAAAGUUUGAUGACAGAGUUUUUUCCUCUCCACCUUUAAGUAGAUUUACUCUUAAGUAGUGCUGGGUCUAACUUACUUCAUAUUAAUAGAUGGUGGGAUCAUCGUCCUCGACAUGAUUGACAUUGAUUCUCGUUUUUAUAGCAUCAUUGCCAACUACAGGUGGUUCCGUCUCUGCUUCCGCUAGCGUCGUCGUUGGCGGUGCUGACGAAGAACAGCAGCAUAUCCAUUCUUCGCCUCCAGUUCGAGCCUCAGUACCUGGAGCGGCUACGUCGGCCGCCACCAUGACAGCUCCUGAACCUUCGGCAGCUGCCCUUGAUGAAGGCGCACAAGCAGCUGUUGCUCUAGGCGCACAGGCAUUUGCGACUCCUGGACAAGAAACUGCUUUGCGGUCUAAUGUUGCAGGCUACAACGAUGGUAGUGAGAAUGGAGGAAGAAGCAAUAGCUUAGUCAUAUCUUCUGGACCAACUGAAGGACCACCAGGAGACCUGGCUGAAGUCCCGCGCAACAGAGUAUCCCAACAUUCAUCAUCGUUGCUCGAAGAUCACUCAACAGCAACUGUCACAGCCGCAGCUGUUCAACCUCCUAGCAUGGUUGGUGUUGGUGCAAAUGCUACUUCUGGCGGAGAUUCAGCUGGUGCAGGUGGGGAGGCUUCUGAACUAGUUGCAGCUAUUGCUAGAAGAGAGCAGGAGAUUGCAGCUUCAGGUGAAGGAGCUGCUCCUAGACAUGGUCCAGCAUCUGUGCCAGUUGUGUCUUUGAGUUCCUCUAUGAGCACAUCGAGUGCCGCAGCAGCAGGUGGCGUUGUCGGUGCUCCUGCAGCGCCUUAUUAUAGGCAAUACCUGCUGUCGAAGAACUUUGGUUGGCAGGUUGCAACGCGAAUUUCACGCGACUACGCCCAGAGUCAUCACUUGAUGGUCACCUACGCUUCAGCAUUGAACUUGCAGGGUCAUCACAUCGCGAUCAACCCGAAUCCAGUGGCCAUCCAUCCGUUGACAAGAGAGGAAAAGUGUCUGAAAUUGUGGUUUCUAUUGGCGAGUCAGAAGCAUGGCAAGCGGGAACUUUUGGAUCAGGUGGCUGUGUUGUUGUCUCUCGCUAAGCGCAACUGGGUGGCAGAACGAAGUUACACUCUGCAAAAAGCGGGCGCGACUCCGACUCCGUCUGUUGCGGCAACGGCAAGCACGGCUACUGGUGGAGUGGGGUCAAGCGUGAUCCCAUCGACCUCUUCAGGCACGGAAGGAGGCGAACAUGACGCAGUGUCAGAUUCGGGAGUUUCCCUCAUUUCUGACAGAACCAUGUUGUCAACCACGACCACGGCUGCUGGAAGUAGUACCGCACAACCACCGCAACAAGGGGCGGCAUCUCGAGACUACUUGACUAAAGUUAGUCUGGAUCAUGGUAGCACAACGUCACCUGCAGUUGCAGGCAUGCUCAGUCCUAAACGACGCUCGCUGCUGAACCCAGUCAACCUACUCAGAAAAGCGAUCAGCAGUCAGAACAGUGCAACGUCACCAGCACUAGGUCAGCCUCAACUAAGUGUCGGUGUAGGUCUCAGCGGUUCGGCGUCGUCCUCAGCGAUCCAGCCAGGUGGAAAGCAGAGAACUACAAUGUCAUCUAGUGAACAGGGUCAUCAAACAAGUACAACGUCACCGCUUCUGCCACCUGCAAAGAUUGACCAGUACAAGAAGUGUGUGCGAGUUACCACAGACCUUGCUGCAGCAACAGCGAGUGCAGCACCAGCUGCUCCAGGUCCAGCACCUGCAGCUUCUAGUGGAAUUCUGCCGAUCACACCCUGGAAGUUGUCGGUUCCAGAAGUCGCUCUUCCAGGUCCAGCUCUUGGUGCGACCUCGUCCUCAUGGCUGAUGAAUGCGGCUGCGGCUCGAACCCAGGCUUUCGAAGCACAGCGCCAAUUAGUCGAGACACAGAAGCUCGCUCCUUGGGCCGCGGAAGCCCUUUUUGCCCUCGGUUACCGCCCGAGCUCUAUCCUAGCUUUGAUCAGCAACACGACGUCAAACGUGUUUCAGCAGUGCGGCGGUUUGCCUCUGAUCUCUCUGACGGCGGAAACGGCGAUCGAUGCUGCGUUUGAACUAUUUGGCGGUUGUGCGACUGAUGUAGGCGAAGUUUCCGACGCUAACUGGGAGAAGGUCGAUGACACGCAAGCGCCGUUGAUUGACUUCUUGCAGUCAGCGUUUGAGAAGUUGAUUCAAGAAAUUCAACAAGAGGAAAGAAAUGGUGGAAGCAAUGUCUUUGGAGCGGCAAACGGAGCCGCAACUGCCACUGAUGCAGCCACGACGCCAGCUGCUGUUCCAACCAGUGCUAGAUCAGGAGCAGCAACAACGUCUGGUGCAACUGCGACUUCAUCGUUGCUUCCAGCAACCACUCCUGCAGCAGGUUCCACCGCUGGUGGCGUGACGCCAUCUUCUCUGAAUACGCCUCUGCCAAUGCCAGCGGGUUCCUGGGAAGCUUCAGAUCGUGUUUGGACGGUCAUCACUGAGUUUCCAACUGGCCUGCCUUUCGCAUUAAUCUGGGAAGACGUAGGUGACUUCGUUUUCGCACGGUGCAAAGGAUGUCUAGGCAAGUCAAUCUUUUCAGAGCAAAUGUUCCGCGAGGGGUUGGCAAGACUGGAAGAAGCAGUGACGGCUAAUGGUCGUGGUGCGAUCUGGGGUGGACUGACACGGCGUAUGGCUGACAAUUUGGCAACGCAGUUGAACGAAGUGAUUCCAUGUGUGGUUGAGGCAGAUCCGACGAGUGCGACGAAGUGGGGAGCUAAGCCAACACAUGGUAUUCAGUUGCGGUCUCUGGUGCACUAUGCCAAUGGUUUGGCUUACGUCGUGGACAUUACAACUACGACACCAAUGAGCACUGCUGGAGCUGGUGGCGCAGGAGGUGUCAUGUCAAGGAGUUGCAGUGCUAGUUCGUCCUCGGGGACUGAUGGUGAUGGCGUCACAGGCCUGCUUCGCGGAGCAACUAGUGGCGUCAGCGGAAGCACGGAGAGUCGAGGAGCAAGCAUCUUCCCGCCGACCGGUGGUUUGUCGCAGAGGAACUCGACGGCGUCCAUCGUGGCUCCACCUCUGCGCGCUUUGGCUAGUGGAGAAGACGAGAGUGGUGCGGCUGCUGGGGUUCUCCCUAGCACGACCACUCUCGGAGGAGCGACAGGCUCGCAGAGCAAUAGCGUGUCUGAGACGACGAGCAGCAAUCAAUUGUUGUUCAAUGCUGGCGCAGCGACUGCUUUCGCGAACAUGGGCGGAGGAGGUUCAGACCAAGCGGGUGCUAGCAGUGGCGGCGUUCGGGCGGUUCGUGUGCGCAAACCUGGGUCCUCGAUUUCAGCUAGUAGCAGUGGCGCAGGCGUGACGUACUACACCAUUUGCGACGUGUACACUGGCGAAAUCGUCGGCCCCUUUACACGACAUCAGCUAGACAGCUCUUCCUCCAAGACCAAGAUUUCUCCGGUCCAUGGCAUCUUGAGCUCGAUGGAGUUGCGGCGGGAGAUGGCUCUGCAGGAGCGACUAGCUGGUGCCGACAACCCUAGAUUGCUCGAAUUGGAAGCCAAGAUCUUCGCUCCAGUCGACCAGGGAGCCUGGACGAGAGCUGUCUUGCAGCAGAUGUCAGGGCAACAACAGUCUUUUACUUAAGGCUCAGAGAAAUUCAUCUUAAGAGGCAUCUUUGACCGCUUUCCUAAGGAGGAAGUGCGUUAAAGAUGCUCUUCAAGAUGAAUAAAAGUAAGGUCUAAUUUACGUCCUCCGGAGCUGGGUUACCCAGUGGUCCAGCGACAGGAGCAACGCCGAUGGCCACAUCAACCGCUUCUUGCCUGGCUGCGGCAGUGAUUAAGCCUCUUCUACCUAGCGAUGACGGUCGCGUUGGCGUGGCGUCACCAAACUCAUCGCGAGGAUCGUUCCUGAAGAGACAAGGCGAAACCAACUCAAUAGCACCCGCUGCUCAGGUGGUCACGCUAGAGGACGUCGCAACAUCAGGCUUUACUACGCCGGCCAGUGGUGUGGCAACGGCUAGCAAUAUCGGAGGACUGCUCACGGGUAUACCUGCAGCUCCGCAGGUGACAACUAAUACGAAGCACGAAACACCGGGUAGCAGCGACAGCGAAACAACCUCUAACGGAGCCCAGCAAUUCGGUCAGGAGAUCCUAGCUCACUACGCCCACUACAAACCUCUACGCGUGCCUGUUAUCCGAGCAGUCGUCAAGGUCGGCGGUACCUCCGAAGUUCUGCCACCAGGUCACUCUUUGUGCCAGGCUCUGUGGCGAUCAGAUUCGCCCUAUGGAUUACGAGGUAAGACAGCUGGGCAGAGAAAUAAGUUGAUCUACAGCCAUCAGCCAAGUGCCGGAAACAGCUUGCAGAAACCCCUGAAGUUGACCGCAGAACUCGAGUACCUGCGAGAUAGCGCAUGUGCCGAUCAGAGAGAAGUGCAUAUGCCAGAUUCGGUGUUGCAUUCGGACUCGAAAUACACAGAGUAUCUGAACUUGUUGCAACGCGAACGAGAAUUACAAGCGCAGAAGUCCUGGCCGAGCUUCGACGAACAAUCGAGUGGGUUCUCAGAUGCUUCCCAAAGUGCUCCUGGAGCACUACAACUAGGUGUAGGACUUGGAACAUCUUCUAGCGAGAACAAUGCACGACCAGGCAGUCCACCAACGACGUAUGUCCAGUCUGCUUGCCAGGGUGUCGGACUCACUUCUUCAUCGUGCUGCCACACGAUCGAACUGCUGCGGAAAAUCUGCUUCUCAUCUGUGCCGAACAGUGUGUCUGGUUCAAAUGCAAACGAUCCGAAUGGAGGUGAGCUUGUCCCUGUGAUCGGAGGUUCUAGUGCCUCAUCUUCGUCUUCCUCGUCAGUAGCUCUUGUUCGCACGAACACGACGGGUCCACUGUCGCCGACAAAGCGUGCUCAGAGGCAGGCCAUGCACAAUGCGGAUCUUGCGAUUACAACGAACGCGCUCGAUUCGAAGCUCAAAGAACAACUUUCUGUGCCAUUGCUGUGCGUCACUCGCGCAGGCCUUCCUUCUUGGGUCUUCUUGCUGCCGCAAGUCUGUCCAUCUCUCUUCUCCGUUGAGUUGAAGAAGAACUUGCUGAUCUCCAGUUGCUUCCCACUCUCCUUCCGAGUUUUCUGGCUGCAGCAGGACCGAUUUGAGAACCGAUUUGGCAUUAGACUUCAAGAAGCCGAGAGGAAACUUCAGGAAGCCGAGUGGGCCAACGACAUCGAAGGCAUCCAAAGGUCGCAUGACGAAAUUGCGCAAAUCGAGGAGGAAUCGAUCAGAGAUAGGGAGAUCUACAUCGGGAAGAUGAGGAAGGUAAUCUUCAUCUAGCGACUCAUGCUCAUUCUAAGAAGACUUUCUAGCGACUCAUGCUCAUUCUUUUAGGCACAACUAGUUCUUGAAUCUUAAAGAAGAAAGUCAUUAAGACAACAAAAGAAUGUUCUUCAUUCUCUAAUUUCCAAGUUCUUCUUCUUACCCAAUUAAUAUACCCUCGUUCAUCAGGAACUCGUUCGUGUGGAACGUGAGCACGAGCAGUUGAUGCCGAUGGCACGCGCUUUGUUCACAGAGAAGCUCGAUCCGAAUGCUAGUCUCGAGGUUAUCUUCAAGAACGAAUCCGGUUUUGGACCUGCCGUCACCCAGUCCUUCUACAGUGAAGUCGCCCUCGCGUUGACGAACGUCAAGCACAGCCUCUUCGUUGCUGACGACGGUGUGAGGAGUAACCACAGCAAAGUAGCUGGAAAAGCCGACGAAGAGUUUAUCAUGGGAGGACGGCGCGGUCUGAUCCUGAGACCAGACAUGCUCCACGGCUUGAGCGCAGGCGAAAGAAAGGAGAAACAGAGUCUCUUGCGCUUCUUAGGUCGCUUGAUUGGUCGGUCUUUGCGAGAAGGCUACAGACUGCCGAUCCCAUUGUCGGAGCCGUUCUUCGCUCUGUUGCGAGGUGAGGGACCUGCGGAUUGGCGAGCGCCGACUUGCUUGAACUUCUUACCUGGUCCAAAGAACGACGGCUGGGCUGGACGCGUUAUUGGCGCAUUGUAUGCCUACGCGCAGGACUGCGUCAAGGCUGCGGCCAUGGCCGAGUUGGAAGACGAUGUCGAGGAUGCUGCUCAACAGCUCCAGUUAUCAACAACUUCACCUGCAGGUGGUCAGAGUGGAAACGAAUCUGCAGGAGCUGUUCCAACCACGCAGACGAACUCAGCUUCUCCGGGAGGUCAGAUUCAGACUGGCGCUGCUGCAGGUAACAACGCCGCACCAAAUGCUCCUGGUGCAACAGGAGUGAGCCCUCAAGAAAAGCAGGCAACUCUGGCUGCGACCUCCAAGGUACCUCCGCCAAAGAAGUCCUUCUAUGGCACGAGCGUUCAGCAGCAGGCAGCCACCGAGCAGCAAGUCCAACAAGUCCUUGCUCCAACAGUAGCGCCAACCAAAGCUCAGAUGGCCACUAGUAAGACGUCGUCUCCCUUCUCAACCAAGAACAAGCUUCGAGGUAGUGAACUGCAGCCACAGACAGCAGUUGUACCAGCUCGACCAGUCCUGCAGCAGCAGAGCAGAACUGUCGCUCCGACGGUGCCUAGUACUGCUAGUCCAACGCAGCAACCGCCAUCUACUAGUCCAACGGCGAACAGGACCACAGGAGCCUCAAUCAACGCUACUGACUCAACUGCACUCGUCGCUGCAGCUAGGACAAAAUCGUCGACGAAAUCCUCAGCCAUGGACCCGAGUGACCCAAAUUGGAGUGUCAAGUAUCUCCAAGAUGGUGGCGCUAAGUACUCCUUCCAAGACGCUGUUGAUUUCACAGGUCUCUCAUUCUUGGCCUAUGGUCUGCACGGUCCUGCCCUUGUUCCUGACGGCGAAAACAAGGAUCUCUCUCUGCAGAACUUGCCAGAAUUCGCAGAACGGCUUCAUCAAGUCUGGAUCGUGCAGCCUUCUGCGUCUUUGUACGAGUGUGUGCGAGUUGGUCUUUGGGAAGGUCUCGGUAACAUGGACCCACCACCGAGCACGUGGCUGCGCUUCUUCACUGCGCGUGAGUUGAAAAACAUGUUCUGUGGUGACGACGCGAUCGAGUGGACCGAAGAGGAGUUGAGAAAGUACAUCACUUUUACCGGAUGGUCUGAAGCGAUUGAACUGGAGAAGCGCACUGGCGGAUAUCCAAUCGACGCUCAGCAAGUGUCUGGCUCUGGUGGAGAUGUUGACCAAGGAGCUGUUGGCGGCCCAAGUAGUAGCAGCACUAGUGCAGCUGGUGCGGGACAGCAACAGCAAGUUGGUAGUCUCACAGUGGCUAACCUAGAGGCGCUCAACGAGGGUGAAAAAACAUCAUCCAAAGAUGGUGGACAGCCAUCUGGCAGACUGUCAAGAUCAGGCGGGUUGCAGGACAUCGACACUGCCCUGCCAGUCGAUGGCGCAGAUCCAAACCUCCUAGCUACUCCUAGUCCCAGACCAGGCGGUGAUCCACGUAAACGUAACAACCGUGGAGAACAAAUGCUCUCCAACCUGCUCAACAACGAUUCCGAAUACAACGGCAACAGUCGCAGUGGUAGCGAGGUCGAUAGUGACGGUGAGGUGAUGGAAGUGUUUUCCCCAACUGCUGGUGGCAUCACUGGUCCUGGGGGAUUUUCCCUGCCUCAAGCCCCUAUGUCACCGAAGAUCAACGGUGCCGAUCCGGACGAAGAAGAGGACUUUAGAAUGAAGAAGUGGCUGAUCCGAUCUCUUCUGGAAAUGAACCAGAAGGAACGAUCAACGUUCAUCGAAUUCUGUACGUCAUGUCCAAGACUGCCAGUUGGUGGGUUGAAGGCUCUGGGAUUGAAAAUUCUGCCGGAGCAACCGGGAAGGAUAUUGCCGAGGUACAAAGAAAUUGAAUGCUCCUUCUGGUUUCUGGUAACCUGAAAGGUAUAAGUACAAAUUGAAUGGGAAUGCUUGUUCUGGUUUCUGGUAACCUGAAUUCGGUCACAAUGUUGAUCCUCCUCUUGUUGUCCCUCAUGAUCAAAAUCAGACUACCGAAUACCAGAACACUACACGAAUAAUGGCUUCUAUUUCGAACUCGAACAAGAACUUCCUCAUCUCCUUGUAGUUUCAUAACUCUAUUAAAAAUCGCGAUAGGAACAGGGACGCAUCAUCUGAGUAUUUAAGCACAUUUAUGUGAAUGUGAGCGUACGACUUCACGAAAACUCUAACUCAGCUGAUACCGCAACCCACUUUCCAAACAAUAUAUCAGGUCUCGCGCAUGCGCGAAUACCUUGUUCCUUCCGGAUUACCCGACCAGAGAAGAGUUCGAGUACCACCUGAAGCUGGCUUUGCAUGAUUCCAUGGGUCAGUUUGAACAGGAAUAGAGAACAUCUCAGUUUAGUAGUAAGAUGAAUGAUGAAGGAAUGAACAAGAAUCACAGCAUGGAAAUAUUGUCAUGGUCAUAAUUUUCAAAUGAUUCAAAUGUUGUAUCUAUUCAGUACUUACGUAAAAAACAUUCAUCAUAUCAGAAGAACAAUAAGAUUCUUGAUCUACUUACAUCUACGUACUGCAUGUGAAUAACUAUAACAUCGAUUCGCAUCAAAGAACUUGAAUACUCUUAGUCUUACACUUACUAUAUCUAGAUGUUGAAUCAAACUAAGACUAAGUAGGUGGAAUGAAGAGUAAAAAUAGGGAACCAGAAAUAUUAACGGUAACGCCACAAGCGAGGACUGCGAGCUAGUGUGCUUUUGAAGCGUGGCGAGAGGAGCGAGAACGUCGAUACUACAAGAUGGUGUUGAUAUUGAAGGACUGACGCAAUCACGACAAUGUCAAUGUCCCUCGUUACCCUCAAAACUUAAGGAGUAUGCUUAAAUGUUGUUGAUCUACAGUUUGGAAGAGAUUUUUGUAUAUGUACUUAGUGUUAGUUAGAAAAUAGAUUUGAAUGAUCAGAUAUUUGAUCGUUGGGAAAAAUAUCGGUAUUGCAACUAACUUUAAACUUCUAGAAUGAAUUCGAGAUGUAAAACUAAGAUCCAAAAUCAAUGAAAAAGAUGUGCAUACUCGCAUUUAUGUGUAAAAAAGCGCAUACGAAAAGGAUACGCCGCAGUUCGAUUUACCUACGUAUUAUACAUCAAGUUGAAAUUCAUUACUCUACUUGUAAGUGAUUGCUAUGCAGCAUAGAAAUUUUUAUUAAUUCAGUUAGCACUACAACUUGCAUGAAAUUCAGAUUAGUAAUCUGUAGAAAACAACAGAAAACUGUUCGUUUCAUUAUGUAGAAAUCUACUGGUAACUAAGGUAGCUAGAAGUGUGCAGGCGUCCUAAAAAAAUGUACUAGAGGACGGAUUCAUUUUCAAAACGUCUCUGAAGAAGAAAUGAGUCGAAAGUAAAACCGACGUCAGUCAUCAUGAUAGUAACAAAAUGAGAACUCACGCUCAACAUAUUUAUGAUUGAAUUCAACAUGAUUUUGGAGUGUACAUCAUAGGUAUCCUGCUCUUCAAUAGAAGAACUCUAGAGGCUCGAGCAAGGCAUAUCAUUCCUCUGUAUUGUGAUGUAAAAGUAUGUUUGAAUGAAUGUUUGCAACUCUUCUGUUAGAUCUAUUGAGUUCCCUCGACAGUUUCGGAAUACUGAUCUGGGCAGCAUUCCACUCCAUAGAUCUAUUGUGGGUGAGGAAGCUCUAAGCUGAAUGAAAAGAGCAAGAAAUACGAACAAGCAACUGUAUAGAAAACGUUACUCGAAGAUGAUGUCGAGAUGCUGUCGAGAUGACCUCCUUGGAUAAAAAAACACGCACCCAACGACGAUUUGCAAGUGCUCGCCAGAUCGAUUCUUGCAACUCUUUAUUUUCUUAGCAGCAGUAGCAGUAGCUGCUGUUCCGAGUAUUAGGUUGCUGCUGCUGUUCUGAAUAUAAUUAAUAGUUGUUCAGCAUGAGCAUCAACCUUUUUAUGUCUUCUUCUACUAGGUUGUAUAUUCAGCAGCAUGUGCACGUGCACCCUUGCAGGUU